CCGUGGGCUAGAGAUUCAAAGAGCUGUCUAAUUAUACCAUUGUAGGAGAGGAUACACAGAGCAUCACAGUGAGUGAAUGGACAUAGUAAAGUAGGAAAUCUUUUACAAGGAUUCCUUUACAAAAGCAGCUGUCAUUGAGCUGGGGUAACUCUGAGAAAGAGUUUAUUGUUUAUUGUAGAACCAACAAAUCUGCCACAAUGGUGAGGACAACCAUGGUCCAGCAAUUGUCCAGACAUUGUUUCCUUUUGAUCUUAGCCUACAUAGUGAUGGGAUCUCAAGUCACUGAGAAGCAUCACCACAAGAUCCAGCAUGGUCACUGUAGCUACACCUUCCUUCUCCCUGAGACUGACAGCUGUCAUCCACCUCCUGCUGACUUCCAGGUGUCCAAUUCUCUGCAGAGGGAUGCGCCACCACAGCCAGAGCACCUCUGGCCCACCAAAAGACUACAAGAGCUGGAGAGUAUCAUGGAAAAUAACACUCAAUGGCUCCAAAAGCUGGACAGUUACAUCCACGAAGGGGUUAAAAAUCAUGGUGGAGAUUCGCAUAGCUCAGCUGUACAAAAUCAAACAGCGACCAUGUUGGAAAUUGGCACCAAUCUAUUAACACAGACUGCAGAGCAAACAAGGAAGCUGACCAACGUUGAGACACAGGUUCUUAAUCAAACAACCAGGUUAGAAAUCCAAUUGCUAGAGAACUCAUUGUUCACAAACAAACUGGAGAAAGAAUUGCUGAUGCAAACUCAGGAAAUCAACAAACUGCAUGAAAAGAACAGCUACCUGGAGAAUAAAGUUCUGAUGAUAGAAGAAAAACACAAGGAGGAGAUAGCAGUUCUAAAGACAGAAAAGUUAAAGGUGGAUGAGCAACUCUUCAAACAAAGAGAUCUAAUUGGAGAACUGGGAGAGCAACUCACUGCAGCAACCCUCAACAACAGCAUGUUACAGAGGCAACAGGCACACAUCAUGGAAACUAUGGGGCACCUUGCCGAUCUGGUGUCCCAAUAUAACCAUAUCCCUGACAUACCUAAACAGGAGCAGAUGACUUUCAGAGACUGUGCUGAUGCUUACAAGGCUGGAUACAUUUCCACUGGAGUAUACACAUUGCGGUUACUGAACACUACAGACACUGUUAAUGCCCUGUGUGACAUGGAGACUAGUGGGGGAGGCUGGACUGUUUUCCAACACCGCAAAGAUGGAUCUGUGAAUUUUCACCGGGUCUGGAAGGAAUACAAAGAUGGUUUUGGUUCUCCAUCUGGGGAAUACUGGUUGGGGAAUGAUUUUGUUCACCAGCUAACAACACAAGGCGCCUAUGAACUGCGUAUCCAACUGCAAGAUUGGGAUGGAAAUGAAGCCUACUCUCUUUAUGAACACUUUUCGUUGGCCAGUGAGGAUCUCAAAUACAAGCUGCAACUUGGAGCAUACAGUGGGACUGCAGGAAGGACAAGCAGCUUCAGCCCCACAGGGACAGAUUUCAGCACCAAGGAUGUAGAUAAUGAUAGAUGCAGCUGCAGAUGUGCCCAGAUGGCAAGCGGAGGUUGGUGGUUUGAUGCCUGCGGCCCUUCUAAUCUAAAUGGCAUCUAUUACCCUGGUGGUCAUAGUACAGCCAAGUUUAAUAGUAUUAAGUGGCACUAUUGGAAAGGUCCUAGCCAUGGCCUGAAGACUGUGAGUAUGAUGAUCCGACCUGUAGACUUCUGAGGCAUGAACAGACUGAAGUCAUCCUUUUGUGAUUUAUGGCAAAAGGGCUACCAAUCAGUGAUUACCAUGGAUCAAGUCAAGAGAACUAGAAAAGCAUUGCUUCUGAUCUCAUUGGAUUCUUAAUGUCCAUGUUCAUUAAAUGCUAACUACGCCAACUAAGAAGGCUAGCCUGUGUAUGCAUCAUGGAAGACUAAGCCUUACAGAAUGCAUAAUUUGUUGCCUGCAAAAAACAAACAAAAAACUUUCAUUGUAAAAGUAACAUGAUUCGAAAACAGUCCUGCUGUACAGGUUCAAGAAGUUACUCAUUUGUAGCAUUAUCACCGUUAUUGGAAUGGUAAUUAAUCAUUAAACAAGAAAAUCCUUUAAAAUAAGAAUGGGCAUCUUAUAUAGAAAGAGCACAUCAUUGUGUUGCUGGUGUUAUGAUAUACUCUCACCAAUGAGCAAACACGUACUUAAAUCGUAAUCUUGCACUUUUAUUUUACUUAUUAGUCUUUAUCUAAACCUCGUGAAUUUAAAAUGUUCAAUGUCAUUUUAAUAUAGAGUUAACCAUUUUACAAAAUGCUGUGCAUCUGUAAGCUUCAUCUGUGAGAACCUUUCAUGCGUGAUCGUGUACGGAGAGCCAUUGGAUAUAAAUUUGUUCAGUAUAAUUUUUUUUUUCUGACUGGUUCAUAACAACAAUUUUUUCAUGACACUA